AUGUGGCUGUGUGCCCUGCUUGCUGCUCUCUUUGUCUGUGUCUCUGGGUCUGCCCUCCUUGGACCGAGAGCCUGGCUGUUGCCAAGGCAGAGUCCUCGUUUUGACCGUCCUGGAGAUGUCAUGGUGGGGGGCAGCUUCUCCAUCCUUCACUUCUCUAAUGGUACCUUGUCUGAUUUCAGUGCCCCACCGUCCGGGCUGCAGGCUUCAAGUGUCUCCAAUUGGGGCUACAGGGUGGCCCAGAGUUUCGUGUUUGCCAUUGAGGAGAUUAAUAGGAGUGCUCACUUGUUGCCCAAUGUGACCCUGGGCUUCUCCAUUCGAAACUCUGGGGACUCAGUGCAUGGAGCCCUCCACGAGACGAUGAGCUUUCUCACGGGGCAGGAGGAGCCCAUCCCCAACUACGUGUGUCAGCAUGGCUCUCCUCAGGCUGCAUUGGUUGGGGACACACGGUCAUCACUGUCUGUGUCCAUGGCCAGACUUCUGGGGCUGUACAAGUUUCCUCAGGUCAGUCAUGGAUCCUCCCUACCCAUCCUGAGUGACAAGAUCCAGUUCCCAUCCUUCCUUCGGACCCUGACUAGUGACCUCACAUCUUCCCGUGCAGCUGCCCAACUGAUAAUUCACUUCCAGUGGUCCUGGGUGAUCAUUCUGGCCAAUGAUGAUGAGUUUGGGCAGCAGGCCAGCUCUCUGGCCACUGAGGUGCUGAUCCCCGAAGGUGUUUGCAUUGAAUUCCAUCUCCAUAUCCCUUCUGAUCAGUCCUUGGGGAAGAUUGAAGAGACUGUCCAGAAGAUGCAGAAGUGCACCGCCAAGGCUGUUCUGGUUUUUCUAAGCAACUCAGAUUUCCAGCUCAUCCUGUACGGCUUACUGGGUGUAAAUGUCUCAGGCCAGGUGUGGGUCAGCAAGGACACUUUGCACAUGGCUCUCGCUCUGACUGUUCCAGGCAUUUCUCGGGUCUUGCAAGGCACAUUUGGCCUUUUGCUACACAACAGCAGGGCAAUUGGCUUCCCUGAGUUUCUUGCUCACUUGCGCCCCAGCCACACCCCAGAAGACAUAUUUAUAAAGAAGUUCUGGGAGUUCACCUUUGAUUGUUCAUGGCCUCAGCAAAACAGCACGGUGACGGAGAGAGUUCAGUUCUGUUCCGGGAAUGAGAGUCUUCAAAACAAACAACAUCCUUUUCCAGAAGUGAGCAGAACGGAUGCUGCUUAUGCAGCUGUCUACAGCAUUGCUCAUGCCCUGCAUGAUGUGAUAGCCUGUGGGCAUCAGGAUGGGAAAAGUACAGACUCCAAGGACUUCCAGCCUUGGCAGCUGCUUCAUGCCCUCAGAAAUGUGCGCUUCAAGACUCCUGAUGGAAUCGAGAUUAUGUUUAAUGCCAAUGGGGAUUUAGUGUCAAAAUUUGAUAUUCUUCAAGGGCAGAAGACCCCUGAGGGUGUAUUCCAUUUGGUCAACAUAGGCACGAUAGACCCUCAAGCUUCUUCAGGGAACAAAAUGGUGGUCCAGUUGAAGGAGGAUCUCCAAGUGCCCACCUCCAUCUGCAGUGAAAGCUGCCUUCCAGGGUUCAGCCAAGUUGUCCGCCUUGGAGUCCCCCACUGCUGUUUUGAUUGCAGUCGCUGCCCUGAGGGACACUUUGCAGAUCAAAGAG